CCUUUAGCAGACAGAAGAAACAAUCCCUUCUAAGCCAAUUCAGUCUCUCACUUUCACCUCCCCAAUUCCCUCCCUUUUCUGGCUCCUGUUACCUCACCCACGUAUACAUCAAUGGAGAUUUUGUCUUCUCUCUGCACAAACCGCGGCGGUGUAGUCAACUUGUGUGGCGUUGGGUCGCUCUCAGUUCAUGGGUUCUCUCUGCAACGUCAAAGGGCUCAAUCGUUUACUGACUGUAAGAAGAAACAGAGUUUCCGAGUCAUACGAGCGUCUGUCACCAAAACAGAGGUUGCAGUUGUAAGAAUCGGCACGAGAGGGAGUCCAUUAGCCCUUGCUCAGGCUCAUGAGACAAGAGACAAGCUAAUGGCAUCCCAUCCGGAGCUAGCUGAAGAAGGGGCUAUUCAAAUUGUGAUAAUAAAAACAACGGGUGAUAAAAUACUAAGUCAGCCACUUGCAGACAUUGGUGGAAAAGGCCUCUUUACUAAAGAAAUAGAUGAGGCACUAAUCAAUGGUGAUAUUGACAUUGCUGUCCACUCAAUGAAAGAUGUUCCCACUUAUUUACCAGAGAAGACAAUUCUACCUUGCAACCUUCCACGGGAGGAUAUACGGGAUGCAUUUAUUUCAUUGAGUGCAGCUUCUUUAGCUGAUCUGCCUGUUGGGAGUGUUGUUGGGACUGCUUCACUGAGAAGAAAGUCCCAAAUACUUAACCGAUAUCCUUCACUCAAAGUUGAGGAGAAUUUCCGUGGCAAUGUCCAGACACGAUUGAGAAAACUGAAUGAGGGGGUGGUGCAAGCAACUUUAUUGGCAUUGGCUGGACUUAAACGCUUGAGUAUGACAGAAAAUGUGACUUCCAUUCUCUCAAUUGAUGAAAUGCUUCCUGCUGUUGCUCAAGGGGCCAUUGGAAUUGCGUGUAGGAGCAACGAUGACAAAAUGGCUAACUACUUAGCCUCAUUAAAUCAUGAGGAAACACGACUAGCGGUUGUAUGUGAAAGGGCCUUUCUGGAGACCUUGGAUGGGUCUUGCCGCACUCCUAUUGCUGGUUAUGCCUGCAAGGACAAGGAUGGUAACUGCAUAUUCAAAGGAUUGGUUGCAUCUCCUGACGGAAAUCGGGUUCUUGAAACUUCUAGAAAAGGUCCAUAUGCUCUUGAGGAUAUGGUCAUGAUGGGAAAGGAUGCAGGAAAGGAACUUCUUUCUCGAGCAGGUCCAGGCUUUUUUGGUUUUUGAGUAACUAAUUUAGGGGGAAAGAGGAAUGAUUGGAGGCUUCUUUUUCAACUUUUACUGGUUUCAUCCAUUGAGUUCGUUAAUUCUUCUGAACUGUUGUAUAAUGGUUGGUAGAUUGUACGCUAGAAGAUAUUGUUCUGAUUCAAUUAUGUUGUAAUUUUACCAUCAAGUCAAUUGAAAUUUUGUUGCUAUGGCAGGUUAUUGGUGGAUGACAAUAAACAUGAUUUUGUUUACUUUAUUAAGUUGUUUUAUAUUUAUAUUUCAUUUUUUGUUUGGGUACACAAAUAUUGAAGGUGAAACGACAAACUGUUGAUAUUUUGUAUAAAUGUAAUGUAUAAAAUUUAUAUAUAAAUAAAUUGUUAUUAUAUGU